GUUCGCUGUUAGUUUUAAAGUAGGACACGCUGUAUAGUCCGGUUUGAUAACGCACACUGAUUUUAGUCUUCAGUGUUCAACCGAAAUUGUCACAAUAAAAUAGUGUUUAAGAAAAAAUAAUACUCAGAAAUGUUUUUUAAGGUUUUGUUAUGUGUGGCGUUGAGUUUGUUAGAGGUAGAGAGUAUGGCUAUAGAAGGGUCUGUGUUGACGAGGUAUGACCCUUGUGGUGUGGGUGUUCUACAGUUUGACAAGGUCUCGGAGGGCGUGUGGCGAGGGGUGGUGUAUUUUGAGCUGUACCCUUAUUUGACUGAGGUGGAAAUGGACAUUGAGUUUGAGCGGCAAGUCGAGUUGUAUGGGAGCUCCCAGAAUUCCACAAUGUCGGUCAGAGAUGACUGGCACCGAUUCAUCCUUCGGCCAAAAGGAGAAUUGCCCAAGCAGUACUUCUUCUUCCUACGGCUGGCUGAUAACAGUACACAUGUACCAACCGUGGCCAACUUUAAAAUGAACAAUGCUACACUUUGUAACGCCGCUAUAAAGGCAGCACAAACGAUUGAAUCCCUAAAUGUCACAACAAAUCCAAAAGAGGUCUACAAGCAAGUAUGUGGAAGGAGGGCACUGGAACAUGCUGAACUUACCUCAGUCAGAACUCAAGCUUUGGCUGGGGACUGGCCUUGGCAUGUGGCUUUACUGAAAAAAGACCCGACAACUGAUGUCACAAGAUAUGAAUGUGGUGGCAGUAUUAUUUCUAGUACUGCUGUUCUGACAGCUGGACAUUGCGUGAGCAAGGGCGGCAUUCUGAUCGAGGCGCGAUUGGUGGUCAUCGUGGCUGGUGUUAACAACGUCACGGACGACAACCAGAUAGGCAGGCAGGCUUUAGUAGCUCAAGCCAUAAUACUCCACCCGGGAUACACGGACACCCUAGCCACCUCGGACCUGGCCAUCAUCAAAGUGUCCAAGUUCACAUACACGGCGUUCGUGCAGCCUGUCUGUUUGUGGGGACCCGUCUAUAGCAAGGAAGACUUGUACGGGAAACAAGCUACGGUUGUCGGCUUCGGCUGCACAGAAACCGGUCAACCUUCCGACGUCCUCCGGUCAGCCUACACCAUGAUCCAAAACGACAGUACUUGCCUCUCAUACUCGACCGAAGUGUACAAGAAUCUCAUCAACGAGUUCAGUUUCUGCGCUGGAUAUGGACCUAAAUCUGGUAUAAACCCCCGGAACGGUGAUAGCGGCGGUGGCCUGGUCCUAGCCGUGCAACAAAGCGACCACAAGAUAAGCUACGUUCUUCGCGGCGUGUUGUCCAAGUGUGCCGUAUCUGUCGGCGAAACGCAGUGCGACCCGAGACAUUAUGUGGUGUACACCGAUGUAGCACCUCACUAUACCUGGUUGUACCAUCAUUCCGGACUCAAGUAUAGGAGUAACAUUUUAUAAAGAGACUCUGAUAGCUACGUGCUUCGCAGAGUGUUGUACAUGGCGUUUCUGCCGGGGAAACGCAGUGUGACCCGAGGCAUUACAUGGUGUACACCGAUGUAGCACCUCGCUAUACCUGGUUGUACCAUGCAUCACUCUGGACUCAAGUAUAGGAGUAACUUUAUAAAGAAACUAUUAUGAUAGCUAAAUUCUUCGCGGAGAGUUGUAUAAGUGUAGCGUUUCUGCCAGAGAAACGCAGUGUGAUCCGAGGCAUUACGUAGUAUACACCGAUGUAGCACCUUGAUACUUGAUUGUACCAUCACUCUGGACUCAAGUAUAGGAGCAACAUUUUAUAGACUUUUCCGAACCUGUUGUGUCGGCAAAACGUAGUGUGUGUGGGACGAGGCCUUAUGGGAUAUACAUUGCACUCGGAUGCAGCACCUCACUACACCUGGUUUAUACCAUCACUCUGGACACAACUAUAAGCGCAAAAUUUUAUAAAGUUAGGCUACCUACACGCACAAUAAAAUACACUAUGCAUUAUCAAAUGCAACAUUUCUUAAACCAAAAAAGUCACUUUAGACUUAGCCUCGUACUACUUAAGAAAAGUGAUAUAUUUAAUAUAAGAUUUAUUCAUAAAAUGUACAGAUUUUCUGAUGUUUUGUUUAGAUAGAUAGAUUUAGAUAGGUAUGUCAAAAAAGGCAAAUCUACAUCAUUAGAUGCAAUAUUUUUUCGCAUUUCAAAAAGUUGCAUAAAGAUGAAAGUAUGAAAUACGAAGUUAUUUCGUAAAUAUUUAAAUAUUUAGACAGCAUAUUUUAAAUUUGUGAAUAUUUAGUUUUUUAAGUUUUUAAGAAUAAGUAUAUAAUUGUGACACAAAAACAUUGACCCUAAUAACAUUAAAAGGCAACGUUGAAAAUAAAAUUUUAAUUUAAAUGUCAACAACAGUUAAAAUCUUAAGACUAACACAGUAAGUUUAAGUGCUCUUGAAAUACUUAAAUUCUUAUCAUAUCGUAAAAUGUUUAGCCUUGGAAAUAAUUUUUUGUACUCUUUUUAUUGUCACAAAGACAUCUGUCUGCUAUGUUUUUUUUUUGUUUUAAUAUAUAUGAAACAAAAAUGGUAUGAUGGUAACUACAAUUUGUGAAUAAAAUAAGUCUUUCAUACGAAAUAGUUGUUUUGCGCAAGCAUUUGCAUUGAAAAUACCGACCUAUGCAAUUGUAUCAGAGAUCAUCAUUGACUAAUCAUUUUUGUAGAAAAUAAUAGUGACCCGAUACUAUCUAACUUACACCUCCAGUUAAGAAAUUCUUAUCCAGGAAAUCUAUUUUUUUAGACUUUUAAAAUAUUCCAUAUAAUAUUUAAAAAAAAAUGCUCUCUAACUAACUAACAGUUAUUGAAAUAACACCAAUCCCGAUCACAUCGAUCAAACUUUUAAAUAAACCGACCUCGGCUUACUUAAUUAAAAAACUUGAAACAACGAAAUCUUAACUUGGACAUAAUAAAGGCUUUCAUAAUGGCGCGCUCCUUUUUUGUUCGCUGACAGUUUUUAAUAAGAUUUUAAUAAAUUAUGCAGCAGCUUCCAAGUGACGGUGGGACAAGAUCGCAAACCAACUAGAUGGAGCAUAUGGUUAUAUUCAUAUCAACCUUUUAUCGCCCACUGCAGGCGUCUGUUCUAGUACGUUUCUUGUUCCGGUCUUCAAUUAGUCUCACUCUGUAGUAACCCGAAAUUUUCCGGAUGCCAGAGAGCUAACGGACGGUCAACAUUACGCUAUCAUUUUAGUUUGAAAGAUCGGCCUGAGGGCACUGCAGUGCGACUUUGAGGUUUCGACAAAGAAGAAGAAGAUCAUUUUAAUCCACCUACCAUCACUACGCGGUUAGCGAGCUACGCUUCUGGCAAGAAGCUUACUACCGACGCUACCUAUGUUGGUAAAUUGUCAUUGAGGUGUUCCUAAAGAUUGCAAUUUCAAAUCUCGUAAAAGGCGACGACCAAUUUUAAAAUUAUUCUAAGCCUAGUAAUAUCAAUUGCAGACCUUGCUGCUUUUCAAAAAGUAAACAUUUUCAAAAUGCAGUCUGUGUAGGUGGUCUAUGGUGUGGAGAUAAUGUUCCACCGGUAUUCGAUUUGUGCUGUACCGUUCUCUUCCUACAUUAUUUAUAAGUUACUACUUUUAAUCUUGAGCAUCGCUUCCUUCGUGGAUUAUGAAAGGAGUAAGAACUGUUUGUAAACAUUCCACCUUUUAGAUAUUCAAUAAAUGGUUUGAAUUUUCUCUUGCUUCAA